GUGUGGUGGUUAGCUGUUCCUGUGAGUGGCUUGGGGGCGGACCGGUCCACGAUGCCGCGCACGGUAACGCCGGCACAGCUGUCGGCACUGCAGCGUCACCCAGAGCAUGUGCGCAACAUAUGUAUCCUGGCGCAUGUUGACCAUGGCAAGACGACGCUGGCCGACGCGCUGGUGGCGAGCAACGGCGUGAUCUCGGCUCGGCUGGCCGGCCGUCUGCGCUACCUGGACAGCCGGCCGGACGAGCAGCGGCGCGGUAUCACCAUGAAGAGCUCGGCCAUCGCACUGCACCACGCGGACGCGGCCGGCGCGCACCACCUCAUCAACCUGAUCGACUCGCCUGGCCACGUGGACUUCUCGUCGGAGGUGAGCACGGCCGUGCGGCUGUGCGACGGCGCCAUCGUGCUCGUGGACGCCGUGGAGGGCGUCUGCGCGCAGACCAAGGCUGUGCUGCGCCAGGCCUGGACCGAGGGCAUCCGACCGGUGCUGGUGCUCAACAAGAUCGACCGGCUGGUGCUGGAGCUGGGCCUGACGCCCCUCAGCGCCCACCUUCACCUCUCGCAGGUGCUGGAGCAGGUGAAUGUCGUGAUGGCGGAGCUCUUCACCACCGAGUUCCUGGAGCGGCCGUCGGCGCCGCCGCCAGACGCCGCGGCCGGACCGGACACCUCCGAGCCAGCUGACCCCACCACGCGUGACAUGGCCGACUGGGCCACCGGCCUGGAGGACGCCGACGACUCGGCGGUCUAUUUCUCGCCGGACGCCGGCAACGUGCUGUUCGCCAGCGCGUACGACGGCUGGGGCUUUGGCAUCAAGCACUUCAGCAAGAUAUACAGCGAGAAGCUGGGCAUCCGGGAGGAGGUGCUGCUGAAGACGCUGUGGGGCGACUACUACCUCAACGCCAAGACGAAGCGCAUCAUGAAGGGCGCGCAGGAGAAAGCCAAGGUGCCACUGUUUGUGCAGUUCAUCCUGCAGAACGUGUGGGCCGUGUACGAGGCCAUCGCCGUGCGCCGAGAUCGUGAGGCGACCGAGAAGAUCGUGUCGAGCCUGCGGCUGACGGUUUCGGCGCGGGAUCUGCGCUCCACGGACAGCCGCGUCCAGCUGCAGGCCGUGUUCUCGCAGUGGCUGCCGCUGGCGCCGGCCGUGCUGGACAUGGUGGUGACGCACCUGCCGGCCGCCGCCAGCCUGUCCGAGGAGCGCGCGCAGCGCCUGCUGGCCGCCACGGCGUCGUCCUUCGACCGGCUGCCGGCCGAGACGCGCGCGCUGCUGCCGCACUUCACACGCUGCAGCGGCGCCGACGACGCGCCCUGCAUCGUGUUCGUCUCCAAGAUGGUGGCUGUCGACCGGGCCGAGUUGCCCGAGAAUCGGACGCGGCCGCUGACGGCGGAGGAGAUGGCGCGCCGGCGCGAGGAGGCUCGUCGGCGGCACGCGGCGCGCGCCGCCGCGCCCGACAACGAGCCUGGCGCCGGCUCGGAGGCUGCCGGUGUACCGCUUUCGGAGCAACAGAUGGCCGCGCUGCGGCUGGCCGAGCCGGCGACGCCCUCCGAACCGGCCGCCGCCGACCCGCGCGACGUGUUCGUGGCGUUCGCGCGCGUGUUCUCCGGCACGGUGCGGCCCGGCCAACGGCUGUUCGUUCUCGGCCCGAAGCACGACCCGGCGGUGGCGCUGCGCCGGCUGGCGGCCGCCGGCGCCGUGUCGGCCGCCGCCUCGCUGGCCGAGCUGCCGGCCGGCCAGCACGUGACCGAGUGCAGCGUCGAGUCGCUCUACCUGCUGAUGGGCCGCGCGCUCGAGCCGCUGGAGGCGGCGCCGGCCGGCUGCGUGGUAGGCGUCGGCGGCCUGGCCGACCACGUGCUCAAGUCGGCCACGCUGGCGUCGACCGUAGCGUGCCCGGCGUUCAGCGAGCUCAGCUCGGCUGUGGUGCCGAUUGUCCGCGUGGCCGUGGAGCCGGCGCGACCGGCCGACCUGCCCCGUCUCGUGGCCGGCCUGCGUCUGCUCAACCAGGCGGACGCGUGCGUGCGCGUCACCGUGCAGGAGAGCGGCGAGCACGUGCUGGUGACGGCCGGCGAGGUGCACCUGCAGCGCUGCCUGGACGACCUGCGCGAGCGCUUCGCUGGCUGCGAGGUGGUGGCGUCGCCACCGAUCGUGCCGUUCCGCGAGACGAUCGUCGAGCCGCCGCAGCUGGACAUGGUGAACGAGGCGAUCGAGGAGGCGCGCGCCGAGCAGCCGGAGGCGGCGCAGGGUUUGGUGGAGGUCACCACGCCCAGCCGGCAGGCAACGAUCGCCGUGCGCGCCGUGCCGCUGCCGCCGGACGUCGUCGAGCUGCUGGACGCCAGCGCCGACCUGCUAGCGGGCCUGCACAGCCGUCGGCACGGCGACAGCGGCGGCGGUGACCGCCAUGCCGACGAGGAGGACGAGGUGGCGUCCGGCCGGCGGCGACGGCUCCUCUCCGAGGCGGCGUCCGAGCCGCAGGCCGGCGAGGAGCUGGAGAAGAGCGAGACGGAGCUGAGCGAGAAGAACCGGCUGGAGCUGCACCAGCUGCUGUCGGCCGGUGGCGAGGCGCCGCCCGAGCCGGCGGCCGGCACAGUCAGCUGGAGUCGCGCCCGCCGCUGCCGCGACGAGCUGCGGCGCCGCCUGGCGGCUGCCGGCCGGCACCAGCUGGCUGAGCUGGCCGACAGCGUCUGGAGCUGCGGGCCGCGCCGUUGCGGACCAAACCUGCUGUUUAACGCCGUGCCCGGGUACGCGCGGCUGUCGCUGUGGGCACCGCCACCGGACUCGGCCGCCGAGCCGCCGUCACCGCUCGCCGCAUUCGACGACUGCGUGGUGCACGGCUUCCAGCUGGCCACGGCGGCCGGCCCGCUGUGCGAGGAGCCGAUGCGCGGCGUGGCGUUCGUGGUGGAGGCGCUGGCGGUGCGGCCAGCUGAGGCGGCCGAGUCGGCACCGGCCGGCGCCGCCGCCGCCGUCUGCGGGCCCCUCAGCGGACAGAUCGUGUCGGCGGCUCUAGCCGCCUGCAGACGCGCGUUCCAGGCGCAGCCGCAGCGCCUGAUGGUGGCCAUGUACCAGUGCCAGGUGCACGUGACCGGCGCCGCGCUGGGCCGCAUGUACUCGGUGAUCGGACGCCGCGGCGGCCGCGUCCUCCACGGGGACAUGAACGAAGGCUCGCACAGCUUCAGCGUGACCGCCUACGUGCCCGUGGUGGAGAGCUUCAGUCUGGCACAGGAGCUGCGCAAGGAGACGUCGGGGCUGGCGGCGCCACAGCUCGUCUUCAGCCACUGGGAGACGCUCGAGACGGACCCGUUCUGGGUGCCCACCACCGAGGAGGAGUACCUGCUCUUCGGACAGAAGGCCGACACGGAGAACGCAGCGCGACGCCACAUGAACGCCGUCCGUCGCCGCAAGGGGCUCGCUGUGGACGAGAAGAUCGUCGAGUUUGCCGAGAAGCAACGCACGCUCGCCAGGAAAAAGUAACCCGUGAUUGGAUAGGUCAAUGCAGUUUAGGAUGACCGAGUGGGGUGGCUCGGUGCUGGGUUUUAGAACUGUGUCGCUCGUGAUUGUCCGAGCUGGUGUUCGGGUCGGUGUUCUGCGAUAUGUGUACGGUUUUGAUUUUGGGUUUCGCUGGGCGCAGUGGAGUCAAUUAUUUGAUUGUUCGUCGACCAUCCGUCGUCUUAAUGAGGAGCGAUUUCAUCGCUUCGACUGCAACGCCCUGCCUUGUUCGCCUUGCAGCGGACAAAUAUAAAUUAUUAUAUUA